GGGAGAUGCAACGAACCAGGAAGUUCUUGUUUUGCAGGCUGGUUGUUUAUGCACCAUUUAAGCAAACUAGAUAAAGAAAGCAAAUCUUCCAGGGAAAUAUCUCUUGUGAAGAUGGAUAACAACGCACCGCUAGAGGAAGACAGCUGGAAGAGGACUAAAGAGGCGGUGGCAAGCUUCCGUCAACUGCUGCUUUGCUCCAAAUGCUCAAAUUUGAUGGAGGAGCCGGUCUGUCUGGGGAUAUGUGAGCAUAUGCUGUGCAGGUCUUGUGCUGGCCCCCGGGCAGGAGAUGGCUGCGCUGUGUGUCGCAGCCCUGCGUGGGUGAAGGACAUCCAAAUCAACAGGCAGCUUAGCAGCAUCAUACAGCUGUUUAGUGGCUUGGACUCCCUGCUUAAUCCCACUGAACUUCCAGCAGAAUCAUCUUGUGUUGAGGUCAAAUCACAGGCUGAGGCUGUUGUCCUAAAGCAGAAAAAGAACUUUAAGAUCUGGUUCAGUCCCCGCAGUCGAAAGGUGCGCUGUAAGGUAGAGAAGCCUUUAGAGGUCCCGAUCCCAGACAAUAGCUCCUCCGGAGAGCAGCCUGCAGCUCAGUGCCAGGACCUUUCUGUGUUUAAUUUUGCUUCAUCCUCCCAAGACUCUUCAUCUUCACAAUGUGAAAAUAAUGUAAACAGAAAAGGAAGGAAGAGAUCCAAGAAAGUUGCUACUAAAAAGCAGGUUCAAGGUCGCACAAGUACCACACGUAAACAGAACAAAGAGAGCAUGAAAAGGAAGAGGCUGGAGACCAUUAACCGGCAAUGGGGAAUUACAGAGGAUCAAAAUCCUUCAUCUGGACUGGAGCCAUUUUGUGCUGAUGGGGCAAGAAGGUCCAGUAAAAGGGUUUCUUUCUUAAGCCCUACUGUUGCCAAUGACAAGCCUCAUCCCGAAGUAUCGCAGAUUGAUGAACUCAGUUUGACCAACCAUACGAUGAAAGAGGGUUUCUCAGGAGGAGGGGUGAAUGUGCUCAGUAACCAAAGCCAGCAUGAGCUGAGCAUAUCCAGUGAGAUGGUGUCCACAAAUGACCCCAAUCCGAAUAACAAUUCUUCUAAAAACAAAAGCAUCUCUCCCCAAGAGAACACCUCCAAAAGAAACAAAACCGAGGAGGUAAACCGGACCUUGGAUACCACACCAAAACGACCGAGGGCUUCUCCAGGGCAAAGGAGGAAAACACCAGAUAGACCAUCUUUGCCUUUCACAGAGUGUUUAACUUUAACAAGCCCCAUGAGGGAAAGGAGCAAGAAACACCUGAGAGCAGAUGAGCAACGUAGUCCCUCUGUGGUAGCACUUAGAUCUGCAGAAAGCCACAACAAAUCCUUAUGCAGUCCUCGAUCAUCUGGCAGCCGUUCAAGUCCUGGAAGUCCUGCAGUAAUGAAGAGGAACCACAAGGGAGAGACCCCUCUGCAUCUUGCAGCCAUAAAGGGAGAUGUAGAUUCUGUCGAAGAACUGUUGGACCAGGGAGCAGACCCCAACCUGAAAGAUAAUGCUGGCUGGACUCCUUUGCAUGAGGCGUGUAAUCUGGGCCACCUGGCAGCUGUGGAGGUUUUGGUCUCUAGAGGAGCCCUGUUGAACACCCCUGGCUAUGAAAAUGAUUCUCCACUCCAUGAUGCUGUGAGGAACGGACAUGCAGCCAUUGUUCAGCUGCUGCUGCAGCUUGGUGCCUCGCAGAAUGUUCUUAAUCUGCAUGGAAAGCGGCCUGCAGAUUAUGCGGUGAGCCAGGAGAUGCUGCAGAUUUUCCAGGAAGCUGCAGAAGAAACCCAAGAUGCUAAGUCACAUACAGCUCAAAGCCCAUCAGCCACUGUCUCUGCGUCGAAUGAGAGUAUAAGAAGGGAUCAGACCUUACUGCUAUUGGCCAGCAAGUUGUCGCAACCAGAGCAACAUCAGCUGGCCAGCCUGGGAGUCCUACUGGGAGGAAGGAUCGCUGAUACCUUCUCUAGCUCAGUGAGCCAUGUCGUUGUGCCAGAAGGACAAAUGCCCACCACCUACUCAACCCUCCUGGGUCUUCUUGCCGGCUGCUGGGUUGUCAAAUACAGCUGGGUGGAAGCAUGUCUGCAGGCGGGGAAGUGGCUGCCUGAAGCAGAGCACGAAGCAGGAGAAGGCUCUCGUCGCAGUCGCAUCAAUAGAUGUAGUUUGCUCCCUCCACUCUUCGACGGCUGUUUCUUCUUCCUCCACGGCUCCUUCAAGGGGCUGACCAAAGAUGAGCUGGCCAAGCUGUUGCGCGAAGGAGGCGGACAACUUCUGAGCCGACAGCCGAAGCCAGACAGUGACGUGACACAGACACUGAAUGCAGCAGCCUACCAUGCCGAGCCAGGCUCUGACCAGGCCCUUUGCACCCAGUACAUCAUCUACGACCCACAGGGAAACUACAAGCCAGCAGUUGUCAGGCGAGGGAAGGUGUGGUCGGCUCCUUCUACCUGGAUCAUCGACUGCAUCUCAUCCUUCAGCCUUCUCCCUGUACCUCAGCCUUAAAUAAAGAUCAUGGCCCUGCAUACAUUUUCCUUAAUUUUAGCUUGUAGUAUUUUGUUGAAUCGUGGCACAAAUGUACUUUUUUUUAUGUUGUCUAAAAUAACAGCGUUUCAUUUUAUGAUCUGAUCUGGGCAGAAAAUAUCACACGGACACUAAUCAAAGUUGUUUUUCUGUACAGCAUAUAGGAUCUAGCAAAGGCUGCUUUCAGUGCAUCAAAGGAAUCCCAUAACUAAUUAUAAAGAAAAAAAAAUCUAAUCAAGCAAACACCUAAUAUACAUGGUUGUGUUUUCAGAAUAUUAAAGACAUUAUGUAGGGGAGUUGUGUGAUUGUAUGUUACAUUAUCUGAAUAAAUAACAUGGUUAUA